GAGCGGCGGAUCGGCGCUGCGAGGGGUCGGGAAGCAGCAUGGCGGCCGGACCCGAGCCGCUCGACGCUCCCGGGGCCUCCGCGCGUUAGCCGGCCGGUGCUCCCGCCCGACCCGCGUCCCAACCGCCGCCGCCGUGGCCGCCAUGGAGGACGGGAAGCUGGAGUUCCCCUCCCUGCCCCAGUCCAAAGAGGAUACCGAGGAUUGGACUUAUCCCAUGAGACGAGAAAUGCAGGAAAUAUUGCCUGGAUUGUUUUUAGGCCCAUAUUCUUCAGCUAUGAAAAGCAAGCUAUCUAUGCUACAGAAAUAUGGAAUAACUCAUGUUAUAUGCAUAAGGCAAAAUAUUGAAGCAAACUUUAUUAAACCAAACUUUCAGCAGUUAUUUAGGUAUUUAGUCUUGGAUAUUGCGGAUACUCCUGUUGAAAAUAUAAUACGUUUUUUCCCUAUGACUAAAGAAUUUAUUGAUGGGAGCUUACAAACUGGAGGAAAAGUUCUUGUUCAUGGAAAUGCAGGGAUAUCCAGAAGUGCUGCCUUAGUUAUUGCAUACAUUAUGGAAACAUUUGGAGUGAAGUACAGGGAUGCAUUUACUUAUGUUCAAGAAAGGAGAUUCUGCAUUAAUCCCAAUGCUGGGUUUGUUCAUCAACUUCAGGAAUAUGAAGCCAUUUAUCUAGCAAAGUUAACGAUACAGAUGAUGACACCACUGCAGCUGGAAAGAUCAUUAUCUGUCCAACCUGGUACUACAGGAAGCUUGAAGCGAACGCACGAAGAGGAAGAGGAAUUUGGCGGUAUGCAGCUGGCGGCUGCACAGAACGGCUAAGAGGAGUUGCUUCCGAGGAGGAAGGGAAUCCCGGUGUGAAGAGGAAGAUUACAUUCACAGUGGGAAACGGAAAACCCGCGAGUGACUUCUUUUCCAGUCACGUUGCUUCCAGGUGCCACUGCCUCUGCCACUGGCUGAGCAACAGACGGAGGGGGAUACCAGACUUCUUGAAUAGAUGGCACUGAUUGUUUUACUUUUUUUACACUUUACAGUUUUAUUAGAAACCAAGAAUUUUUGGACUUGCAAAGAGGUAUUAUUGCAAUAAUGCACUUUUCAUACUUGAAAUUUCUUUAUUUGUACGAUAUAAAGUUAUUACUUUAAACACAAUGCAAAUUAGGGUUAUUUGUUUAUAAAGUUAUUUGUAAUUUAUAACAAGAGAAUUUACUAAAGAAAAGUUUGCUAAAAUUCA